CGCUCCCGUCGCUGCCCGGUGGCAAAGGGAAGGGGGUGAGGAAACGAGGACUGGUGUAAAGCAGCCCAUCGCCCCUGCCGGCGGCCGCCUCCCUCUGCCCGUGAGGGGGGCUCUUUCCGCGUGGGGAAGGGGCAGGAUGAGCUUGCGGAGUUGUGCUGGGCUUUCCCCUUCCUUUCUGAGGAGCUGCUGAAGCGGAUUUUUCCUUCCUUCCUUUUUUGUUUUGUCUGAUGCAGAAUCCCAGUGGCGAGGCAGCCUCCUUCUCUCCUUGCCUCCCUUCCCUCUGCCCCUGCGGUGUGUAGAGAGGGAGAGGCAUCAAUGGAAAAGCUGCAGUACGCCUAGAUGGGCUCUCGGAUGCGUCUUUUUCUUGAAAGGAGAAGAUAAAUCCCAGCUACCAGCACAUUGACUUCUCUGCUGGUGAAAAUGGGGUUCACUUACUCCACCUAAAUCCUUGGAGCGUUGCAGAGAGUUGCUACAGUGAAGGACUUAUAUUUUUUUUUUUUUGCAUCGGAGGAGUUACUUUGAUGCUAACCAUUUUUUUGUAAAAUGGAGAACGAAAUAUUCACACCCCUUUUGGAGCAGUUCAUGUCCAGCCCUCUUGUCACCUGGGUUAAGACAUUUGGACCGUUAGCUGGAGGAAACGGGACCAACCUGGAAGAAUAUGUGGCACUAGUGGAUGGUGUGUUUCUGAACGAAGUCAUGCUGCAAAUUAACCCAAAGUCUGCUAAUCAGAGGAUAAACAAAAAAGUAAACAAUGAUGCAUCGUUAAGGAUUCAAAAUUUGUCAAUAUUGGUGAAACAAAUAAAAACUUAUUAUCAGGAGAAUUUGCAGCAGUUGAUCAUGAUGUCUCUGCCAAAUGUAUUAAUAAUUGGCAAAAAUCCUUUUUCUGAGCCAGGUACUGAAGAAAUAAAAAAGCUCCUCCUUCUUUUGCUUGGUUGUGCCGUUCAGUGUCAGAAAAAAGAAGAAUUUAUAGAAAGAAUCCAAGGUCUGGAUUUUGACACAAGAGCAGCUGUUGCAGCCCAUAUUCAAGAGGUAACUCAUAAUCAGGAAAACGUGUUUGAUCUGCAGUGGGUGGACGUCAUUGUAUUGACACAAGAAUACGUUGAACCUCUCUUGAAAAAUAUGGCAGUGCAUUUAAAAAGGCUUAUAGAUGAAAGAGAUGAGCACUCAGAGACUAUCAUAGAACUCUCAGAAGAACGGGACUGUCUCCGUUUUCUACCUCAUGCAUCGGCAGCACAAUCACCUUGUGGAUCUCCUGGCAUGAAGCGCACUGAAAGCCGACAGCACCUGUCAGUAGAGCUAGCAGACGCCAAAGCAAAGAUAAGGCGGCUUAGGCAAGAGCUAGAGGAAAAGACUGAGCAGUUGCUUGACUGUAAACAGGAACUUGAACAGAUGGAAGCUGAACUCAAGAGAUUUCAGCAAGAGAACAUGAAUUUACUCUCAGAUGCUCGUUCUGCCAGAGUGUAUAGAGAUGAAUUAGAUGCUCUUCGUGAGAAGGCAAUUCGAGUCGACAAGCUUGAAAGUGAAGUCAGCCGGUAUAAAGAGAGGCUGCAUGAUAUUGAAUUCUACAAAGCUAGAGUGGAGGAGUUAAAGGAAGACAAUCAAGUGUUGCUAGAAACAAAGACAAUGUUGGAAGAUCAAUUGGAGGGGACCCGAGCCCGUUCUGAUAAAUUACAUGAGUUAGAAAAAGAGAAUCUACAAUUAAAAGCUAAGUUACAUGAUAUGGAGAUGGAGCGUGAUAUGGAUAGAAAGAAGAUUGAGGAACUCAUGGAAGAAAAUAUGACUCUAGAAAUGGCUCAGAAACAAAGUAUGGAUGAAUCGUUACAUCUUGGCUGGGAACUUGAACAGAUAAAUAGGACUACUGAAAUUUCUGAAGUGCCACAGAAAUCACUUGGUCAUGAAGUGAAUGAACUGACAUCAAGCAGAUUACUGAAGUUGGAGAUGGAAAACCAAAGUUUGCUGAAGACAGUGGAAGAACUGCAAAGUGCAGUGGGAUCUGUAGAAGGCAGUAGUUCCAGGAUUCUGAAAAUGGAAAAAGAAAACCAAAGACUUAGCAAAAAGCUUGAAGAGCUAGAGAAUGAAAUUAGCCAAGAGAAACAAAGUCUUCAGAAUAGUCAAAAUUUGAGUAAAGAUUUGAUGAAAGAAAAAGCACAGCUUGAAAAGACACUUGAAGCACUUCGAGAAAACUCAGAGCGACAAGUUAAGCUAUUAGAACAAGAAAAUGAACAUUUGAAUCAGACUGUAGCUUCUCUGAGACAACGCUCACAAAUCAGUGCUGAGGCAAGAAUGAAGGAAAUAGAAAAAGAAAAUAAAAUCCUUCAUGAGUCUAUUAAAGAGACCAGCAGUAAGUUAAAUAAGAUUGAAUUUGAAAAGAAGCAAGUCAGGAAAGAACUGGAACAUUAUAAAGAGAAAGGGGAGAGAGCAGAAGAACUUGAGAAUGAGCUGCAUCAUCUGGAGAAGGAAAAUGAAUUGUUACAGAAAAAAAUUACUAACUUAAAAAUCACUUGUGAGAAGAUUGAGGCCUUAGAACAGGAAAACUCAGACUUGGAAAUGGAAAACAGAAAACUCAAAAAAACUUUGGAUAGCCUAAAAAAUCUCACUUUUCAAUUAGAAUCCUUGGAAAAGGAGAAUUCACAACUCGAUGAAGAAAACUUGGAAUUAAGAAGAACAAUUGAAUCCUUGAAGUGUACAAAUAUUAAAGUGGCGCAAUUACAGUUAGAAAAUAAGGAACUGGAGAGUGAAAAGGAGCAACUUAAAAAAAGCCUUGAACUCAUGAAAGCCUCGUUUAAGAAAACUGAACGCUUGGAAGUCAGCUACCAAGGCCUAGACACAGAAAACCAAAGGCUACAGAAAGCCCUUGAAAACAGCAAUAAGAAGAUUCAGCAAUUAGAAAGUGAAUUACAAGACUUGGAGUCUGAAAAUCAGACUCUGCAAAAGAACUUAGAAGAGUUAAAAAUCUCUAGUAAGCGCCUAGAGCAAUUGGAAAAGGAGAAUAAGUUGUUAGAACAAGAGACUUCUCAACUCGAAAAAGAUAAGAAGCAGCUGGAAAAAGAAAAUAAAAGACUUCGACAACAAGCAGAAAUUAAAGAUAGUACUUUAGAAGAAAAUAACGUAAAAAUUAGUAAUCUGGAAAAGGAAAAUAAGUCUCUGUUUAAAGAAAUAGUUGUAUAUAAGGAGUCAUGUGUACGCCUGAAAGAACUAGAAAAAGAAAAUAAAGAACUUGUGAAAAGGGCUACCAUUGAUAAGAAAACCCUUGUCACUUUACGAGAGGACUUGGUCAAUGAAAAAUUGAAGACUCAACAAAUGAACAAUGAUCUAGAAAAACUUGCCCAUGAACUUGAAAAAAUAGGUUUAAACAAGGAGCGUCUCUUGCAUGACGAACAGAGCAGUGAUGACAGUAGGUACAAGCUUUUGGAGUCAAAAUUAGAAUCCACACUUAAGAAGUCUCUUGAAAUAAAAGAAGAAAAAAUCGCUGCUCUGGAGGCUCGUUUAGAAGAAUCAACAAAUUUAAACCAGCAGCUCCGUCAGGAACUUAAAACAGUGAAAAAGAACUAUGAAGCUCUUAAGCAGAGACAAGAAGAGGAACGAAUGGUUCAGAAUUCUCCUCCAAGAAGUGGAGAAGAAAAUCAACCUGUCAAUAAGUGGGAGAAAGAAAAUCAGGAAACUACUAGAGAAUUAUUGAAAGUUAAAGAUAGAUUAAUCGAAGUGGAAAGGAAUAACGCUACACUGCAGGCAGAGAAGCAAGCACUGAAGACACAAUUAAAGCAACUUGAGACACAGAAUAGCAAUCUGCAGGCUCAGAUUCUUGCACUCCAGAAACAGACUGUUUCUCUACAGGAACAAAAUACAACUCUGCAAACUCAAAAUGCCAAACUGCAGGUUGAAAAUUCCACCCUUAAUUCUCAAAGCACAUCUCUUAUGAAUCAAAAUGCACAACUGCUGAUUCAACAGUCUGCUCUGGAAAAUGAAAACGAAUGUGUGCUCAAGGAACGUGAGGAUCUGAAAUCAUUGUAUGAUUCGCUUCUCAAAGAUCAUGAAAAACUGGAACACCUGCAUGAACGCCAGGCUUCUGAGUACGAAUCUCUGAUUGCUAAACAUGGAAGCCUUAAAUCUGCACACAAAAAUCUGGAGGUGGAGCACAAGGACUUAGAAGAUAGGUACAAUCAGCUGCUGAAACAGAAAGUGCAGCUGGAAGAGUUGGAGAAAGUCCUCAAGGUAGAACAGGAGAAAAUGCUGCAGCAAAAUGAAAAGCAUGAAACUGUAGCAGCAGAGUAUAAAAAACUUCGUGAUGAAAAUGAAAGGCUUACUCACACAUACAGUCAGCUCUUGAGAGAGAACGAAGUUCUCCAAACCGAUCAUAAGAAUUUGAAAACAUUAUUGAACAAUUCCAAACUAGAACAAACACGAUUAGAAGCUGAGUUCUCUAAACUCAAAGAACAGUACCAACAACUGGAUAUUACAUCGACCAAACUAAAUAAUCAAUGUGAGCUGCUUAGCCAGCUUAAAGGAAAUCUGGAGGAGGAAAACAGACAUCUACUAGAUCAAAUUCAGACACUAAUGCUACAGAAUAGAACAUUACUUGAGCAGAAUAUGGAAAGCAAGGAUCUCUUCCAUGUAGAGCAAAGGCAGUACAUUGACAAGCUCAAUGAAUUAAGGCGACAGAAGGAGAAAUUGGAGGAGAAGAUAAUGGAUCAGUAUAAGUUUUAUGAACCAUCUCCACCAAGAAGAAGGGGCAACUGGAUUACUCUGAAAAUGAGGAAACUGAUAAAAUCUAAGAAGGACGUUAAUCGAGAACGUUUGAAGUCCGUGACGCUUACGCCUACCCGUUCAGAAUCCAGUGAAGGAUUUCUUCAGCUGCCCCACCAGGACAGUCAGGAUAGUUCCUCUGUGGGCUCAAACUCUCUAGAAGAUGGCCAGACCUUGGGGACCAAAAAGAGUAGCAUGGUUGCACUGAAAAGACUGCCCUUUUUGAGGAACAGACCGAAGGAAAAAGACAAAAUGAAGGCCUUCUACCGUCGCUCCAUGUCCAUGAAUGACCUGGUGCAGUCCAUGGUCCUAGCAGGAGGACAAUGGACAGGUAGUUCUGAGCAUCUGGAGGGUCCUGAUGAUAUAUCCACGGGUAAAAGGAGGAAAGAAUUGGGAGCUAUGGCCUUCUCUACUACAGCUAUCAACUUUGCAGCUGUCAACUCUUCUACAGGCUUCAGAUCCAAGCAGUUGCUAAAUAAUAAAGAUACUACGUCCUUUGAAGAUGUCAGUCCACAAGGUAUUAGUGAUGAUUCUAGUACAGGAUCAAGAGUUCAUGGAGUUCAGGACAUUAUCUGUGCAGAUGCUCUUGCUCCUCCUGUUCGUGGCAUUUCAACAAUGUGCAAGGUUCCUUGUCAAAUCUGUUCUUCGAGACCAGCCAGCCUUGAUAGUGGCAGAACAUCCACUAGCAAUAGCAAUAACAAUGCUUCACUCCAUGAAGUCAAAGCAGGUGCUGUUAACCAAAGUAGGCCACAGAGUCACAGCAGUGGCGAAUUUAGUCUGCUACAUGAACACGAGGCUUGGUCCAGCAGCAGCAGCAGUCCCAUUCAGUAUUUGAAAGGUCAUACGAGGUCUAGUCCUGUGCUCCAGCAAAGAACUCCUGAAACACUGGAUAGUCGUGGAAAGAAGAUCAAAACUGGUUCUCCUGGAAGUGAAGUUGUUACCCUGCAACAGUUUUUAGAAGAAAGCAAUAAGAGUACCUCAAGUGAGAUGAAAUCUGCAAGUGAAGAGAAUCUUUUAGAUGAAGUUAUGAAAAGCUUAUCUGAGUCUGUGGAGCUGACAGGAAGGGAAAAGAUGCGAAAACAGCCAUCUGCUGGCUGUGGUAUCGUGAGAUCGUUAAGUGUAAAAAAUACAGUUGAUUUCUUAGAUGGACGAUCCAUGAAACCAGAACAACUUGUCAGGCCCAGCCUUCGUAAAACAGAGGAUACCUACUUCACUAGCUCUCCCAUAAAAUUUACAUCGGGCGCUCAAGGGAAGGCUAAAUUGGUUAAAGACAAGUUACAAGCAACUGCGUCACAGCGACAAUCAAGAGAUUGCAAUCCUUAUGCUACCUUACCUCGUGCAAGCAGUGUGAUUUCUACAGCAGAGGGAACUACUCGAAGGACAAGCAUUCAUGAUUUUUUGUCGAAGGACAGUAGGCAACCUGUCUCAGUUGAUCCAGCACCAUCCACCGCUGACAGAAGCAUUCCAUCAACCUCCAGUGAGUACUCAGCACACCAGUUAUCCUCUAAUUUUUUUCACUGUGUGGCUUACAGAGUAGAUUGUGUUCCACAGAGCGAUGUGGUUAAACCACGUAAUUUAGGAUGUAACUCUGAUGUGCCUCAGACUUCAAGAAUGGAAAGGUCAAAUUUUUGUGGGAGAACUUCGCUAAGCACAAAUGCGUUUAAUGAUAAAGUCAGUGUACCUGGUAAUGACAGCACAGGGUCAUUUACUGUGGUGCAGCCAUUUUUAUCCCUUAACACUGAAUUAGUUAGUAAUAUUAGUGCAUUUCCUCAAAGAUCUGCAUCAAAACCAACUGAUCAGGCAAAUCUGUCAGCAUUUAGAUCUGUAUCAAAAAAUCAGGAACAGCCUUUUGCUGAUCAGAAAUUGGAUCACGGUGACCUACGGUCAGUUCAAACUAGUGAAUGUGUUCCUGCCACCAGUGUAAACACCAGUGAGGCUGAGUCCCCACUGCUGGUUUCUGAGGAUAAUAAAACUGUGUGGUAUGAGUAUGGUUGCGUAUGAUAAGGAGAUUGUAUUACUACAUAUAUAGAGAGUCUUAUCGGUGGGGUUCUCAGUGUCCACUGGAUUUAGAGAAAAUUUCACUGCAAUGAAACCCAAUUUGUUUUUAGGUCUAUGGGUGGUUGUGUACUGAGAACAACGGCACAGGGCUCAUUUGUGUACUCUGGCAUGUUUGAAUGUAAAAUUGUAACCUCACCAAAGUUUGCAUGAAACGUUAAUUGCACUGUAUAUAUUUUGCAUGCCUUUACAAGUUUUUAUAAUGCAAGCUAUAUUUUUAUUUGUUGCGCAUUACAAAUAUUUUGAUUUUUUUUCCUGUAUAUGAAUGCAUGUUAAACCAGUCGCAUGCUGCAUUGCCAAAAAUGGCCCAGUGAACAACGUGCUUUCCAGUUCAAAGUCAGUACUCAUCAGUUGUGCUUGUGCUUUCAGAUGUAUCAGUAACACAUUGGUUAUGUAUUUGGAGUGAAAAUACCUUUUUUCACCUUCUUUGAAAAAAUGAGAUACGAAUGAAUGGAAGUGUUAAGAGAGAUUUCCGCGUCUCGCUCUUUUCAUUUAUGCUGUGCUCUAGCAUAAGUGCACUUUCCACAAGCAACAAGUUACAGCCCAAUAAUUCAGUGCCUCUAGCUUGCACAAAACAUUAAUUACUGUUCAUACUCAUUAAAGUAUUUGACCAUCAAUAAAUAUAAAGGCCAUUCAUAAACCAAAACAUAAAUGAUAAUUCUUACAAAGGGGUAAUAAAUAGUCACAUAAUGCGCAGCACUUGUAAUGAAAAAAUGACCCUUUCCACCUUUUCCCUUUCGUCUGCUUCGUCUUUCCAUGCCUGGUGUACAAAUGUGGUGAAGUGUAUGGUUUUAUUAGGAGUCAAAUAGCAGAGUUCCGUGAGACUCCUUGGGACGCACGGUAAUAAAAACCUGUAUUGAUUAUGGUGGAAAUUCAUUUUUUCUCCUUAAAUAGAAGUAACACUACUGUAACAGAAAACAAGCUGUGUAACAAAAUAACAGAAAAAAUAUUAAGUUAGCACAAGGAAGUAAAAGAAGAAUUAACAUAAAGGUUGCUUGCAAAAUUACAGGACUAUAGGAAUGCUUAAGCCAUUAACUCAUUAAAUUCCAGAUGCCUAGCUAAAGAGAAAUGUUGAAGAGUAAUGACUUAAUAUACCAAUGUUUCUGCAGUUGCUUGAAACUUCUUAAUCAUAAAUAUAAGCAGUUUCAAGUUGUAUUGUACUUAAACUACAGUUAUGUGAGGCUUUAGACCUAAGCACUUUUUUAUGCAAGAGGAAACAGUUUCUGACAGUGAUUGUAGGCCACAAUUACAUGAGUUAUACAAAACCUUAAUGAAAAUAUAUCAAGAAGGAAAAUAUUUAAAAUGGAAAAUAAGUAUUGAAAAUAAUGAAGGUCGCAUUCUGAUUUUUAGAAUUGAACUUAUGUUGCCAGCAGUUCUGUGACAGUCAUGGGUCACGGUACUGCUGUGUGUGUUGAACUUUAAUUCUGUAGUGUUUCCCCUGGGAGAGGUAGAAGUGCUCCAAAUACCCAGUUCCCCAAGGAAAAGCAGCGGACAUCUUGUAUGUUAGUCGGCAAGGUCUCCACAUACAGGAGAAUUGUUAAUAAAAUGUGGAGAUAGCCCUCUCCAGACCUCAGCUGCAUUUUGAGGUGGGGAAAGGGAGCAAGUGGGGAAGACUGGAUGUCUCAGAGAUGUUCUGUGUAGGGUAAAAUUGCAAAAUGUAAACCAACCACCCUUUACCGUCAUCUGUUACUGCUGGGCUGAGACUUUCAUUUCUCUUCAGUGCUGUUCACAGUGUGCUGUUAGUUAUUGCUGUAUUCCUUCUACAGUGGCCUCACCGUUAAAAAUAACCAAGCGCAAAUCUGAAACACAAUCUUAAUUUCACACGCGUUCACCCUCACACAGCAAGGUCAAUGUUGGGACUUUGGGUCCUGUCAUUUGGCUUCAUUUCCAUUAACACAUAGAUGUGUUUGAAUUUGCUCUGCAUUGAACAGCACCGAUAUCUGAAGCGAUGCAUGCAUAACGUAUUUUGCAAUUAUUUAGGGAAUGAUAGAGAAAAUCUUCUUAGUUCUGAGACUGCUUAUUGUAAACUCAUACUGUGCUACCAGGGUCUGUAUUUUUCUUAACUGAUGGCAAAGCUAUGUCUUGUAGCAAGUCUGCUGCUCCAGGCAGAACAAGAUUUGUAGCCAGGGGUCCUGUCGUCUAUUUAGAUUAGCUGCUGUUGUUCCAGAAAUCAGAUAAGCUUUCAAACAUGCUCUUACCUUCUUUGCCAGUCUUACCUGGCUUAGGUCCUUAGACUGUCACAGCUACAAAACAUACCGGUGUUGGCUCCAGGUAUGUUUAUUAAGAACUCCGCAGUGUGACUGCUGAACCCCAACUGUGAUCAUGAGCAGCACACAGGUCAAAAGAGAAAUUUUAAAGGUUGCCCCUGCAGAGUGAAAUGAAAGCUUGUGAACAAGGCAACAGAACACAUUUUUUUCCUGUCACUUCCCAUGGGGCACUUGGGUUUGCAUAAUUUCCUUUCUUUCACAUACAAACCGAAUCUGAUUGUGAAUAUUUAUGCCUGGAAUUUAAUGCCUUUUCAGCCUGUGUUUUACCUUACUGCAUUGGGAGGGGCUGCGCUAAAACAGCUUUUCUUUUAAACACAAAGGGCUUCAGAAUAAUGGGACUGUUAGUGUCUUUGAACACUAGUGCUACACAUCCUCUAUGGGAGAUCUAGACUAACCUUGUCCAGCUCAAGCUACUGUCUUGCAUUGUUUUAUUAAAUGGUAAUGAGUGACAGUUCAGUUCUGAGAUUAACAACUUUUUGUGCUCCUAUUUUUGCUCCUUGAGUUCUGCUGCAGCAGCGAAAACAAGCUGCUGGAGAGUUUCUAAUGUCUCUGAAAAAUAAACUGUCCACAUUUGUUAUAUAUGAAAGCAAGCAAAUGCUUUAAUGUACAGAAGGAUCAUUUUUUCCUCUCCUUUUUGGUCUUUGCUCUUUAACAAUACAUACAUCAUGUGUCAUUCAGUCUAUGCUCACGUAGCAGAAGGGUCUGUGAAAUUCCUCGCAGGCCCCGUCACUGCUUCUCCUCAGCCAGUCCAGUGGCUGUCUGUAAAACACACCUGCACUCACUCAUCGUUCAGUCCCUACUGCCUUUAAAAAAAUAUAGGUUAGGAAUUUGCACGGUCAUUAUAAACACUAAACGUGAUUGCCAACCAAAAAAGGUUUUGUUGUUCAGUAAUGUGCUUGCAGUGAAAGGUUUGCACGACGCUUUGCUUUAAGUGGAGAGUAAAUUACAAGACUGCAUUUUUGCAUGUUCGGGCUGUUGCAUGCGAAGAUUGUUUUCUGUUUUGCAGAAUUGAAUGUAAACAUUUCUGUCAGUGUGUGUAGCAGAAGAUAAAUGCAAAGAUGAGUUAAGUUCUGCUAGGUUCAGUCAGCCUGGGUUACAUCUGGGUUUUGUUUUCCUUUUCACACAAGCAGAAACUUAGGGUUAGUCUGACUAGAAGUUAAGCGUAUCUCAUUGUGGCUUUGAAAACAAUACCUGUUUAUUCUAAAUGCUAAGGUAAAUUUUAAUGAGCAUAGCUGAGUAGGCCUUUCCAGUGAGUCUCUUCUAUCCCUCUUCUCUCUUCUUUCCUCUAAAAAAAGUGUUUAUAUAUCUUUUUGCUCUACUAAUAAGUAGAAUGUAUUUUAAUGCAUGAGGGGUUUUUUUCGUGUCCUGAUCAACACAAUGAAUAACAUGAAAUGCUUUUC